UCUAUAAAUAGUUAUUUAGUUUCUUUUACAAUCUUCAUAACUUAUAACCAUCCAAAGAAAAAAGAGAGGAGAAAAAAGAUUAAAAAAAAAAAGAGAAUAGAAAUGUCGGACGUAUGCCCAGAUACUGCAGGAGAAGGGAUGAAGAGCUCAUGGCCUGAACUGGUAGGGAAAAGAGGAGAAGAAGCAAAAGAGAUCAUCGAUAGAGAGAACACUAAAGUGACGGCUGAGAUUAUUUCUGAAAAUGCAAUUGUUUUGGCCGUUGUGGUUUGCGACAGGGUUUAUGUUCGUGUCAAUGACCACGGCAUCGUCACACAAAUCCCUUUCGUUGGUUAAUUUAAUUGUUAUCUAUGUGUGUGAAGCAAUAUGGAACUUGAUGUGUAAUUUAUGUGUGAAAUAAGAUAUGCUUGAUUAUAACUGUUGUAAUAAAGAACGAGGCAUCUAUAUGCCUCAAUUUGAAUGUUUAUUUGAUUAUAAUAUUAAAUAAUUGCUAUA